AUGAAGCUGGUUAUCGUUGAAAACAACCAGGGAAAUGUUGGAGGGACUUCACAUCAAUCUGUGAACAUUGAUCACAAAAGGCAGGUGGUGAACAUAGACAACAACAACGGCUGGAAUUCUUGGAGCUCCGUCAUGGAUUACCAUACUGGUUUCAUGGCAACCCGACUAUUGUCCAAGAAAGCCUGCUUCAUCGUCAGAAUGAAUAAGCAGAUUGUGCCAGAAAUAACUACUCUUCCCAAAGCCAUCCGGGAAAAGCAGAAGGACCCUCGAAAUGGACCUGCCCCAAAGGAGGUCUCCUUCACCGUUUCCCCUAAGACAAUUCCAGACCUAUCCGUCUACGGGAAGCAGGUGCAGACAUUUUGCCGGGGGAUCCCCAGCUAUCUUGCUUCUGAAGUUAAAAAGCCCAGCUUUUUCUUCGCAAGAAGCGCCUGCACCCGACUGAACAUCCUCUUCCUCUUCCACUUCUGCUACUGUCACGAAACCCUGAUUGAGUAA